AUGGCUCAGCCUCAGCCUGUUCACGAGCGAGCAGAGAGUCUGUCAUCACUCUCGAAUCACAGCGACCUAGAAAAGUCCGAGCUACCAUCGAACUACAACACCACCACCACCGACAAUGACCUCUCGCGUCAAAAAUCCACCACACCCUCUGAAAUCGAAUAUCCUGGCCCCAAAGAAACCGCCAUAGUAAUGAUCGCCAUCCUCCUUGCCCUCUUCCUCAUGGCCCUAGACCGCACCAUCAUCGCCACAGCCGUGCCCCAAAUCACAAACGACUUCCAAUCACUCGACGAUAUCGGUUGGUACGCCAGCGUGUUUAUGCUCACCGCAUGUUCCUUGCAACUCCUGUUUGGAAAGAUCUACACCUUUUACAGCCCCAAGUGGGUAUUCCUGGUCAUGAUUGGGAUCUUUGAGGUUGGGAGUGCAUUGUGUGGUGCGGCGCCGAAUAGUGUUGUGGGUAGGGCUAUUGCCGGUAUGGGAAGCGCGGGGAUUAUGGGUGGCGCGAUCAUUUUGAUGGUUAGUGUCGUGCCUUUGGAGAAGAGGCCGAAGUAUCAGGGGUUAUUUGGGGCGAUUUUUUGGUUGAGUAGUGUCAUCGGCCCGUUGCUUGGGGGAGCCUUCACUACGGAUGUUAGUUGGAGGUGCAUGACUGACGAGACCAUCGGGUGCUUCUACAUUAACCUCCCCAUCGGCGGCGCUGCCAUGCUCAUCAUAUUCUUCAUCCUCAAACCAACGACACCAGCACAGCCAGGACUCACCCUCCGCCAACAACUCGCCCAACUCGAUCUGCUAGGAGAACUCUUCCUCCUACCCAGCAUCAUAUGCCUCCUCCUUGCCCUCCAAUGGGGCGGCAGCAGCUACGCCUGGUUCUCCAGCCGCUUCAUCGCCCUCUUCAUCGUCUUCGGCCUGACCUUCCUCGCCUUCGUCGCUUCCCAAAUUCUCGGGCCAAAAACUGCUACCAUUACACCACGGCUGCUGAAGAAUCGCUCCCUCAUCGCCGCAAUAUGA